AUGGCGGAUCGUCUGGGUCCUUUGCACAAGGAUCAAGGCAAAGUUUCGAUCAAAAAGCGCUUGGAUCCGGUGACUGAACCCCGAGCAACUACUCGAGUUGGGGGUCGCACACGUCAUCACAACAAGUCAGAGUCUUUCUAUAAUGGGAAAACUCCUGCAACUGACCGUCUUGGACUGCCAGUCAGACACGUGCCGCGAGUCCCUCUCCGGCACCUCCCUCCCUCCUGUCCGCUCGUCGGCCCUCGCCUCGACUCCAGUCUCUCCCUCGUCGCCCGAGCCCUAUCCCAGAUCCCCGGCGGGUUGAACAAGAGAAAUCUCGUUUCUUCCGACGGGUUCCCGAAAUGGGUCAGAGCAGAGGACCGGAGAUUGCUGCAGAUGGGACCCGGCGGGGUGACGCCGGAUGUGGUGGUGGCGGCGGACGGGACAGGGAACUACACGACGGGGGGAGGCGGUGAGAGGAGGCGCCGGCGGAGAGCGAGGAGAAGGUAUGUGAUUUAUGUGAAGAAGGGUGUUUAUGUGGAGAACGUGGAGAUCAAGAAGAAGAAGUGGAUGAUAAUGCUGAUUGGGGACGGAAUGGAUCAGACGGUGAUCUCCGGCAACAGGAGCGUCGCCGGCAAUUGGACCACUUAUCGAUCUGCUACUGUCGGUAUAUCCGGAAGAGGGUUCAUUGCACGGGACCUAACGAUUGAAAACACCGCCGGACCCUCAAACCACCAAGCGGUCGCCCUUCGCUCAGACUCAGACUUGUCAGUCUAUUAUCGUUGCGCCUUCAGAGGUUACCAAGACACGCUCUAUCCCCAUUCCCUCCGUCAGUUCUAUCGCGACUGUGUCAUCACAGGCACAGUCGACUUUAUCUUUGGCAACGCUGCUGCCGUCAUCCAGAACUCUAAAAUCCUAGCUCGACUCGCGUUACCCAACCAGAAAAACACCAUUACCGCCCAGGGACGCAAAGAUCCUAACCAAAACACAGGAUUUGCUAUCCAGUCAUGCAACAUUACUGCAGAUGCGGAUCUCAUCAAAAACGUGAACCAAACAUACACCUAUCUCGGUAGGCCUUGGAAGGAGUACUCGAGAACGAUAGUUAUGCAAUCUUAUUUAGGCAAUGCCAUUAGGCCUGAAGGGUGGUUACCUUUUCAAGACGACUUCGCGCUCAACACAUCAUCUUAUGUGGAGUACAUGAAUUAUGGGCCUGGAUCAGGCCUAGCAAAUAGGGUUAAGUGGCCGGGUUACCAUGCGACCAACAGUUCGGCUGACGUGGCCAAUUUUACGGUGGCUCAGUUCAUCAAGGGGGAUACGUGGUUGCCGUCGACUGGGGUUAAGUAUACGGCAGGGUUUUGACGGUGUAAAUGGUCAGUGAGAUUAAAUAGUUUGUAUAGCGUAGGGUGGGUUGUUUUUAUGGGGGGUAGUGUGUUUUGAGGUCGCUCUCUUAAUUUGAAGAGUCGUGGGCUGUUUCAUAUUUGUUACUGUCAAGUCUGAUUCUUUUUGCUUGAUUAUAAUUUAUAGCGGAAGGCUAAGUUAUA